AUGGCAUCUGAGAUUUUCUCAGACUUUGGGCAAAAACUGGCUGAUUUAAAUAGUUGGCAACUUGAACAACAACAAAAAUUAAAAGAAUUUCAAAAAACUCAAAGAGAACUUCUUAAUUUUGGUAGUCAUUCAAUUUUAAAACCAAUGAAUCUUUCCAUAGAAAAAAUUUUGAGAAAACAAACCGAAAAACAUAGUGAUGAUGAUAUAAAUGAUGAAUUGAGAAAAAGAACAUGUGAAUCUGAAAAUGAAUUAAUGGAAAAUAAUUAUAAAAAUAUUUAUCCUGAAUUUGAAAAUAUUGUACCAACUCGAAAGAAUUUUUUAAGAAGAGGAGAUGGUUUGGCUCGCUUCAGAAUGACAAUGGAAGAUUUUAAAAGUUUACCUGAAAUAUAUAAAGAAAAACGAGUUAAAACCCAUUUAAAUAAAAAGCCAAAAACGUGUAAAAGUAUAAAAAAUAAAAGACAAGAUGAAAAUCGUGGAUUAUCACAAUCAGAAACAUUGGCAAAGCCCUCAAACAAUGUUAAACCUAAAUGCAUUUCUAAGCAAUUAAGUUUGAAAUCGAAUAAAGAAUUUCCAGUUAGUUCUAAUAAUAUUUAUUGCAAAGUGAAGGAAAAAAAACAUUUUUUUCCAGACGCUUUAAAAAGUUUUAAAGAAACUUCAGAUUAUCCAUUUCAUUUUGAAAAUAUAUUUAAAAAGGAGAGGCAAACACAGUUAAAAAAACUUGAGUCUCCUGCAAUCUCUGAUUUAGGCGAUUUUGAAACAAAAAAAGAUGAAAAAGAGUUAAAAGUUUUUGAAAUAUUAGAACAAAAAAUUAAUGAUGAUAGUUUUUGUUCAUCUUCUUCGUUUGUGAAUAAACUAAUGGAUCAAUCGAUUACUUCCAUUCAUCAAAAAUCCAAUGAAGAAAACAUGAGUUUAAAAAAAAAUAUGCCAUCCUCAGAUUUUUUUUCUAUCAACCCAAUGGAAAAAAAUGUAUUAGAUGAAAUGAAUGCUAGUCCCGAUUGUGAAAAAAACAAUUCAAGUUCAAAUAAAUUAGAGUCUAUUGAAAAUGAUUUUUUUGAAAAUACUGAAAGUAAUUUAAAGCAAUCUGAUGAUAAGAAUAAUUCUUUUCAAUGCAUGAAAGAUCUGCCAAGUUUUUCAAAUGAUAGUAAUUUUAAUGAAGUUAAAGAAAAAUCUACAGGGAGUAAUCAAAAACCAAUAAUCAGUAAUCAGAAAAGACUUCUUCAAGAAUAUGUGAAAAAUUUUAAAAAUUUAAAGUCUAAAAUCAAAGACAACACUGGAAGUCAAUUUGAAUUUACCGAAAAUGAAGUCAAUAAUGAUAAAAGUAAAAAAUUAAUUGAUCAAAACAAAAUUGCAAUGAAACUUAAACGCAAAGGUUUACAAGAUAAUGUGAAACCUUUAAUGAAUUGGGAUUUUCCUCCGCGUAAAAAAACAAUAAAACGAGUCGUGAAAAAACCCGCGGCAAAGCAUUUUAAAACGGAAAAAACAAAAUUUUCAAAUAAAGAACAAACUGAUAAAGUUGUUUUAAACAGUGCACUGCUAAGAGAACGUUUAGAAGAGCUUGAAAAGGAAAUAUUAAUAUUUCGAAAAGAAAAUAGUAAAUUUGAAAAAUUACUUAAGGAAUGUCAAGAAGAGAAACACAAGUUGAUGAAAGAAAGGAAAGAAUUUGAAAAGCAAAUGGAAGAAGAAAGAAAAGCAUUUGAUAUAAAAAUGACGGAAGGCUAUAAAAAAUUACAAAAAGAUCGAAAUGUUUUUGAAACUUAUUGCAAACAAAAUAAUUGUCGACCCAAUAGACGAGAACGAGAGGAAAUAAUGCAAUUGAAAAAAGAUUUGGAAAAAAUAAAUAGUUUAGUAUCAACUAAAGAAUCUAGAUGGGCCGCCUGCCAAGCUCGAUUAAGAAAUCAAAUUAGAAGUUUAGAAAAGGAAAAUAGUGAAUUAAAAAAUGAAAAUGAAAAUUUAAAAAAAUUAAGUUCCAAAAGAAUAGCUUAUAAUAGUGAUAAAAAAUUAAAUGCAAAAAUAAUUCGCGCCGUCAAUUCCGAACUAGAAAAAUAUAAACCAUCGAUAGGUAAAACUAAACUUUCGUCAUGUUCGUGUUCAGCAAGAGAAUCUGUUUCUUUAAAAUCCAGACAAUCAUUGGAAACCGCACUUAGAAGAGUUAAUAGUGCUCCAAACAUAAAAAAACAAUUUAUUUUAGAUAACAGCGACGAUUCAUCAAAUCAACAUUCUAGAAAAAUUUUUUGUUCCAUUUCUACGGAUAGCGGUAUUGAAACAAAUAGAUUUGACAACAAAACUUUACCCGAAUCUGCCAAUCCAAAGGAUGGAAGACGGUUUUCAAAUUUUGACCAAAAAGGACGUGGAAAUAAAGAAAAUGUUUCCAUGUGGGAUUCAGAUUUUAUUUCCGAACUACCUACUACUGAACGUGGAAUAUAUACAAAAGAAAGAAUUUUGGACGAUGGUACAAAAGAAAUUGUUUAUUCGAAUGGUAACAUAAAAAAAAUAUCACCUAACCAAGAUGUUAUUAAAAUUAUAUAUUAUAAUGGUGAUGUAAAAGAAACUAAUGUUAAAGAUGGUUGUGAAAAAUAUUAUUAUUUUGAAACUCAAACUUGGCAUACGACUUACAAGGAUGGAAUGGAAGUUUUCGAAUUCCCUUCUGGUCAAACCGAAAGACGUUACCCUGACGGUUCGACAGAAAUAUCAUUUCCAAACGGUUGUGUUCGUUUUUGUGAUUCUACUGGAAAAGAUGAAUGGAGAUUCUUAGACGGUACAGUAAUAAAAACUGAUGAAACGGGUCAUAAAACGUUAAUUAUGCCCAACGGGCAAAAAGAAAUACAUACUGAAAAUUUUAAGCGACGAGAAUACCCCGAUGGAACAGUUAAAAUACUUUAUUCGGAUGGUGUUCAAGAGACUAGAUACUCAUCUGGAAGGAUACGAUUAAAAGAUAAAGAUGGAAAUUUAGUUAUGGAUUCCGGAGGAGUUUGA